UGAAAGAAAAACCAGGAAGUGAAGUCCCCGAGCACGUUAGAAAGCCCAGCCAUGGCCUGACUCCGGACAGGGCAGGCAGACUGGGAAGAGCUGAGGUGCUCUGAGCCGUGGCCACCGGCUUGCAUGGAUGCUCUGAAGUUACCCUGUCCCUGGAGGAAACAGGGGUGAGGGAAGAACAGGGACUCAUGUACCAGGAAGAACUCGGAGCCAGGAAGCCCCAUUCGCUGGAAGCACCAAGAGAUGCGGCUGCCCUCACAGGGCCUGAAUUUCCUGCUGCUUUUCACAAAGAUGCUUUUUAUCUUUAACUUCUUGUUUUCCCCACUUCCAACCCCGGCACUGAUCUGCAUCCUGACCUUGGGAGCUGCCAUCUUCCUGUGGCUGAUCAACAAACCUCAGUCCGUCAUGCCUAUUGUUGAUCUGAACAAACAGUCAAUUGGAAUCGAGGGAGGCGCACGGAAGAAUGCUCGCGAGAAGAGCAAUGACCUGCUACGUUACUACUUCUCAGAUGCCAAGACGAUGUAUGAAGCUUUCCAAAGAGGGCUUGCUGUAUCUGACAAUGGGCCUUGCUUGGGAUAUAGAAGACCAAAGCAGCCCUACCGAUGGCUGUCCUACAAACAGGUGUCUGAUCGAGCAGAGUACCUGGGCUCCUGUCUGUUGCAUAAAGGAUAUAAGCCAUCACCAGACCAAUUUGUUGGCAUCUUUGCUCAAAACAGGCCAGAGUGGAUCAUCUCUGAGCUAGCUUGUUAUACGUACUCCAUGGUAGCCGUCCCCCUGUAUGAUACCCUGGGAGCAGAAGCCGUCAUAUACAUUAUCAACAAGGCGGAGAUUGCCACGGUGAUCUGUGAUACACCCCAAAAGGCAUCGAUCCUGAUAGGAAAUGUGGAGAAGGGUCUUAUCCCAGGCCUGCAAAUGAUCAUCCUCAUGGAUCCCUUUGAGGAUGACCUGAAGGAAAGAGGGGAGAAAAGUGGAAUUGAGAUCUUAUCCUUCAAUGAGGCUGAGAAUGUAGGCAGACAGAACUUCAGAAAACCCGUGCCUCCUAGACCAGAAGACCUGGGCCUCAUCUGCUUCACCAGUGGGACCACAGGUAACCCCAAAGGAGCCAUGAUAACCCAUGAAAAUGUUAUUUCAAAUUCUGCUGCUUUUCUCAGAUGUGUGGAGUACACCUUUGAGCCAACCCCUGAAGAUGUGACCAUAUCUUACCUCCCCUUGGCUCAUAUGUUUGAGAGGAUUGUACAGUUUGUUGUGUACUCUUGUGGAGCCAAAGUUGGGUUUUUCCAAGGAGAUAUUCGAUUGCUGCCCGAUGACAUGAAGACUCUGCAGCCCACGGUGUUUCCUGUGGUCCCUCGGCUCCUUAACAGGAUCUACGAUAAGGUUCAAAAUGAAGCCAAGACACCCUUUAAGAAGUUCUUGUUGAACUUGGCUAUUUCCAGUAAAUUCAGUGAAGUGAAAAGGGGUAUCAUCAGACGCAACACUUUGUGGGACAAGCUCAUCUUUUCAAGGAUCCAGGCCAACCUGGGCGGGAAAGUUCACAUCAUGGUCACUGGAGCCGCCCCCAUCUCCUCUUCCGUCUUGACGUUCCUCCGAGCAGCAAUGGGAUGUCAGGUGUUUGAAGCUUAUGGUCAAACAGAAUGCACUGCUGGCUGUACAUUUACAUUACCUGGGGACUGGACACCAGGCCAUGUUGGAGUCCCCCUCGCUUGCAAUCACGUGAAGCUGGAAGAUGUGCCUGACAUGAACUACUUUUCAGUGAAUAAUGAAGGCGAGAUCUGCAUCAAGGGGACCAAUGUGUUCAAAGGAUACCUGAAGGACCCUGAGAAGACAGAGGAAGCCCUGGACAAGGAUGGCUGGCUUCACACAGGAGACAUUGGUCGCUGGCUCCCGAAUGGAACUCUGAAGAUCAUUGACCGUAAAAAGAACAUUUUCAAGUUGGCCCAAGGAGAAUACAUUGCUCCAGAGAAGAUAGAAAAUAUCUACAUCAGGAGUAGAGCAGUGCUGCAGAUUUUCGUACACGGGGAAAGUUUACGGUCGUCCUUAGUAGCAGUGGUGGUUCCUGACCCAGAGGCACUUCCCUCAUUUGCAGCCAAAAUUGGGGUAAAGGGCUCCUUUGAAGAACUGUGCCAAAGCCAAGUUGUCAAAGAAGCCAUUUUAGAAGACUUGUUGAAAAUUGGGAAAGAAGGUGGCCUUAAAUCCUUUGAACAGGUCAAAAGCAUCGUUCUUCAUACAGAGCAAUUUUCCAUUGAAAAUGGGCUCUUGACACCAACUUUGAAAGCCAAGCGGGCAGAGCUUUCCAAGUACUUCCAGAGCCAAAUCAGCAGCCUAUAUGAGAAUAUCCAAGAAUAGGCUAACUUUGCUACUGAGCUGGAAGCUGUGUGGGAAGAAGUUGAAAGUUUUGUCAAGUGCACUUUCCAGUAAUUGAAGCAAGCACUCAGUAAAAACCUCCAGGAUAUUUUGGGGAACAAAGACCUAUAGGAAGACUGACACCUGCCCAAUGGGCUUAUCGUCUGGAAAGGAACCAAGGGAUCUUUUCUCCCACGAACUCCAGUUUCUGCUCUCACUUACCCCCAGACAACAUGUGUUGCUUCCACUUGUGAAUGUAAAGUCUUUAAAAUAAUAAACUAUUGCAGAUACUAA